AUGUCCAAACAGACCACCUAUAGAGUGUGUUUCUGCUUCCAGCGACGGUUCAAGCUCGCCAUAUCGGAAGCACCGCCGGAGAUCAAGGCCUUGUUCGAUCAGUACUCGGAGAAUGACGUCAUGACCGUCGAUCACCUCCAUAGGUUCUUGACCGAAGUCCAGAAAGAAGAGAAGGCCACCAAGGAGGAAGCUCAGGCUACCAUCGACCAUUGCCUCCGCGAGCUCAAGCACCUCAGCAUCUUCCACCGCAAGGUUCUCAAUCUCGAAACCUUCUUCAAGUACCUCUUCGGCGACAUCAAUCCCCCUCUCUCGCCCUCCAUUGGGGUUCAUCAUGAUAUGAGCGCGCCUCUGUCGCAUUAUUUCAUACACACAGGGCACAAUUCAUAUCUGACUGGGAACCAGCUGAGCAGUGACUGCAGUGAUGUUCCUAUCAUACAAGCGCUUCAUAGAGGAGUGAGGGUGAUUGAGUUGGAUAUUUGGCCUAAUUCCGCAAAGGAUGAUGUGGAUGUACUUCAUGGAGGGACAUUGACUACACCAGUGCAACUUAUCAAGUGUUUGAAGUCUAUUAAGGAACAUGCCUUUGUUGCAUCUGAAUACCCUGUUGUAAUAACUUUAGAAGACCAUCUUACCCCUGAUCUUCAAGCUAAAGUCGCUCAGUUGGUUACUCAAACAUUUGGAGACAUGCUGUUUUCACCUGGCUCAGAGUGCCUGAAAGAAUUUCCAUCCCCAGAAUCACUAAAGAAAAAGAUUAUUAUAUCGACCAAACCACCUCAGGAAUAUCUCGAGGCAAAAGAUGCUGUGAAAAGUGAAAAUGAUCCGAAGAGCGGAAAAACCCAAGUUGAUGAGGAAGCUUGGGGUCAAGAAGUACCGGAUCACAAAGGUGCAAUUGUGGCAGAUGACAAGCAGGAUGAAUUGGAUGAAGAUGAUAGCAACGGUGAGGAAGAUAAUGAUAAGUCCCCACAACAUGUAGCACCCGAAUAUAAGCGUUUAAUUGCCAUUCAUGCUGGGAAACCCAAAGGUGGAUUGUUGGAGUGUCUCAAAGUAGAUCCUGAUAAAGUGCGGCGUCUUAGCUUAAGUGAGCAACAGCUUGAAAAGGCAUCAGAAGUUUACGCAAAGGAAAUUGUCAGAUUUACCCAGAGGAAUAUUCUGAGGGUGUACCCAAAGGGCAUACGCGUUGACUCAUCGAACUACAACCCAAUGAUUGGGUGGUCUCAUGGGGCCCAAAUGGUUGCAUUUAAUAUGCAGGGAUAUGGAAGAUCACUGUGGGUGAUGCAAGGAAUGUUUAGAGCCAAUGGUGGGUGCGGCUAUGUGAAAAAACCGGAUUUUCUGUUGAAGACUGGUCCACAUAAUGAGGUCUUCGAUCCUAAAUAUAAGUUACCAGUUAAAACAACUUUGAAGGUAAAAGUAUAUAUGGGAGAAGGAUGGUUUUAUGAUUUCAAGCACACACACUUUGAUGCAUAUUCGCCCCCAGAUUUUUAUGCAAGGGUAGGGAUUGCGGGAGUUGCUGCUGAUACUGUGAUGAAGAAGACAAAGACCCUAGAGGACGACUGGAUUCCAGCUUGGGAUGAGGAAUUUGAAUUCCCAUUAACUGUUCCAGAACUCGCCGUGCUUCGUAUUGAAGUUCACGAGUAUGACAUGUCAGAAAAGGAUGACUUUGGAGGUCAAACGUGCCUACCGGUGUCGGAGCUAAGAAAAGGGAUUCGAGCGGUCCCCUUACAUAGCCGUAAGGGAGAAAAGUACAAAUCUGUAAAGCUUCUAAUGCACUUCGAAUUUGUGUGA